CCUCCAUUUUACAGCUUCUGGAAGAUCGUACGAGUUCUUGCUUCAACAGUGUUUGAACGGAACUUCGAUUUCGAACGGCUAAACAGAAAAUAUAUAACAUAUUUAUUUUUUUACCAUCGUUUUGAUAAUAAAACCGAAAUCCGCUGAAAUGGCUUCUCAAAUCCGCCAAAACUACGACAGCGACUGCGAGGCUUUGAUCAACAAGAUGGUGAAUUUGGAGUUGUACGCGUCUUACACCUACACCUCCAUGGCUCAUUACUUCAAGCGGGAUGAUGUCGCCCUUCCUGGUUUCGCCAAGUUCUUCAAAGAGAACAGCGAGGAGGAGCGCGAGCAUGCCGAGAAAUUCUUGGAGUUUCAGAACAAGAGAGGUGGACGCAUUGUCCUUCAGGACGUAAAGAAGCCUGAGCGUGAUGAGUGGGACAAUGGUCUGGUUGCUAUGCAGUGUGCUCUACAGCUGGAGAAGAAGGUCAACCAGGCUCUGCUUGAUCUCCAUAAGGUUGCUUCUGAGAAGGUUGAUCCUCAUCUGUGUGACUUCCUGGAGACUCAUUACCUGAAUGAGCAGGUUGAGGCUAUCAAGAAGCUUGGUGACUACAUCACCAACCUCUCCAAGAUGGAUGCUGGAAACAACAGGAUGGCAGAGUACUUGUUUGACAAGCACACCCUGGAUGGACAGAGCUAAAUGGAGCCCUCUUCUCAACAGCAUGCUGCAGAGCUUCUAUUCUAUGCUCCUAAAUCAUGAUGUUUAUUAUACAGCUUUCUGCUGCAAUAAAAUUUGAUGCAUUUCAAAAAUAUUAAAGCUGAAUUUCACUAAUGCUGUUGUCAUUUUUGUCAUCUUGUGAUUAAGCCAUGCAUUCUUGCUGAAUGUACACUACUUUAACGGUGAAUUUGAAUAAACCUUUUUGGCUGAA